AUGGGGGUGUUGAUGUCCAAGCGGCAGACGGUAGAGCAGGUACAGGAGGUGAGCCUGGCUGCGUCUGUUUUCAAGGAUGGACUACGGGACAGGCCUUCCAUCCGGCGCACCGGUGAGCUUCCAGGGUCCCGCCGAGGCACUGGAGAGGGCUCUGUCCAGGAGGAGAAGGAAGCAGAGGCAAGUACCCCAGAGCUGCAAGAAGAGAGCAGUACCAAACGUGCAGCCUGGGAGAGGCUCCGAGCUGGGCGUGGAGCGGAGCCGGAGGAGUUUGAUAGGAGUAAUCGGUUCCCACCGCCGGCUUUCACCCGCCCCACCCGGAAGCUGGAUGAUGACAAGCCUCCUGAUACCUGCUUGGAGCCCAGAGAACUUGUUGUCAGCGAUGAGCUGUGUGACGUCUGUGAGGUCUGGACAGCUGAGAGCCUCUUCCCAUGCAGGAUCUGUACCAGGGUUUUCCACGAGGGCUGUCUGCGCCGCAUGGGCUACAUCCAAGGAGAUAGCGUGGCAGAGGUGACUGAGACAGCCCACGCAGAACCUGGCCGGAGCUGCCACUACUGUGAUAAUCUCAACUUGCUGCUAACUGAGGAGGAAAGGUACAGCCUCACAGAGACCUUUCAGCAGUGUCAAGUCAUUCCUGAUUGCUCCCUGACACUGGAGGACUUCCUGCGCUACCGCCACCAAGCAGCAAAGCGGGGGGACAGUAACAGGGCCCUAAGCGAGGAGCAAGAGGAACAGGCAGCCCGCCAGUUUGCAGCCCUGCACCCUGAACAUCGAGGACACAUAGAGUGGUCUGACUUCUUGUCCCAUAAGUCCCUCCUACUUCUGCAGCAAUUGCGUCCCCAGAACUCUCUGUUAAGGCUUCUGACAGUCAAGGAACGGGAACGAGCCCGGGCCACCUUCCUUCCCGCCCGGGGCAAUUGGAGUACUAUCAGUGAGGCAGAGUGCCGUGCAGCCCAGCACUCUUGGUUCUGCAAACGCCUUGCAGAGGCUCCUUCCUGCAGUGUCAGCAUCAGCCAUGCGGGUCCCAUAGCAGACAGCAGCCCAGCUAGCAGCAGCAGCAGCAAGAGUCAGGACAAGGCUCUGCUGCCCACAGAGCAGGAGUCCAGAUUUGUGGACUGGCCUACAUUCUUGCGGGAGAAUGUUGUCUACAUCUUGGCUGCUCGCCCCAACAGUGCAGCAAUUCAUCUGAAACCCCCAGGGUAGCAUGGAGCAGAGAAGCUCAGUUCGGGGACAAUGGUCUCCCUCCUCUUCUUUUUCUCUUUCCCUCUUUCCCCCAACAUCCUCUGGUACUGAGACUUGUGGGGAUGGAGCACUGCCAGCAUCUCAAAUUUGCCACUAAGCUUUAUGGAACUGAAAUCACGGCUC